AUGGCUCUAUACGUCUGCGAGAAUCCCAAAGAUAUGCUGAUCAAGGUCAAUGCUCCGUCCAUGGACUAUUUCAAGCUGGUCCAAUUUGUGGCUGCAGUCAUGGAUGAGGAGAUCUCGAAGAUGGAUAUGAAGGUCCUAGAGUUCAGGGACGUCCUGAUCUAUGCCAGCCUAGGGGUAUCCUUCGCAGGCGACUACUAUCCUCCAGGCUUCCGCUUCAAGGGCACGAUAAUCGCGUUCGACCACGAGGCCGGCAUGGACUGCUCGCUGACCCUCGAAGGCUUCCAUCUCAAAGCCUGGCUUCAGACUUUCGAGCUUGGGCCUCUUAGAAUCGGCGGCAACGUCACCCUGCCGGACAAGCCUGGUCUCACCUUCGCAGUUUUGGAGAUGGACAUCAACUUGCAGAAACAGAGAUUCUUCCUUAGCGGCUAUAUUGAGAUUUCGGUACUGAACCUACGGGCGUCUAUCGACCUGCACAUGCAGCUCUUGCCGACGCCAAUCUUCUACUUCGACUUCCAGUUUCAGUGGAGCGACCUCUUGAAAAUCAAGGCAAAAGCGGAGAUGGUCAGCAAGACGCAGGAAAAGAGUUUGACCAAGAAGCUCGCCGGUGCAGACUGGUCAAUCGACGUGGAGAUCGAGCAACACAUCAUUCAGGAUAUGGUGCAGACGUUGCAGAAAGCCCUGAAGGAGCUACACGAGGCUGUUGAAUUGAAGAUCAAUCAAGCACAGCACACAGUCACUGAUGCCGAAGCUAAAUAUAAAGCCGAGAUUGAGGCAGCACAGAAAAAUCUAGAAGCCAAGCGCCUGGUGUACAAGCAGAAAAACGACGCCUUGGACGCCCAGAUUGCAGCGUUGGACCAAGCCAGCUCAGCUAAGAAAGCCGCCAUGCAGAAGAAUAUCAAGGAAGCAAAGAUUCAAGAAACAAACAAGGUCCAUGAUGCUCGUUUAGAACGAGACAGGAAAGUUGAUGAAAAAAAGAAUCAAGUCAAGGCAGACGAGAGCACCCUACAGAGCAAAGAAGCAAACGGCCGGAACGACGAGAACAAUGCACUAUCUGAGAGGGAACGCAAGAGGCAGGACUUCAUGGCCAAGUUUGGCGAUGCCGAGGAUGCUAUCCGGCGAGCUUACGAUGAUGUCAGCAGGGCGAACGCGUCUGUAAACUCCAUUGGCCGAGACAUCGACAAUCUGACUUGGCAGCUUAACAACCUUGAUUGGAAGAGCUGCUGGCGCGGCCCGGACUUGAGCAUACAGAUCGCAGCUCAUGGCGUCGCAUUGGGUACUGCCAAGGCCGUACUGAUUGUUGCAGAGGGUGCACUGAACCUUGCAUUGGCCACGAUGGACUUGCCACUCUUUAAAGAUCUCAAAGACGCUUGGCUUCGGGCCAGCAAUGUCUUCGAUAGAGUCACGGGGAUGGUUGCCAACGCGAUCCAGCAGGCCCGCGACCAGCUUGAAAACGCCAGGAAAUUGCUCUCUGUCGCUGAACUCGCUCUUCAGGGAGAAUUCGAAGCGGCGGAAAAGGAAGCCAAAGCCAUGGUCGACAACGCCCAACGCCUGUACGACCAGUAUGCAGAAACCCAGCGCCUCGAAGCCCAGAAGUUGCAGCUGGAGCUGGAGACGCUCAGGAACAGCGUCGACAGCGCUGCCGUUACGGCGGCGGAAGGCGCCCUCGAAAUUGCAAAGAACAACAACAUCGCCUUCAAAGCAGCUCAGGCAGGUCUUGAAGCCGUCAAGUCAGUCGAGGGAGCGGUCUAUGUCACUCUUAAUGAGAUGAUCAACAGCGUGGGUUCGCUCUGCGAUAUCAGAGUUGCCCAGCUGAAGGGGACACUCACUGCCAGGCAGGAGGAUCAGAAACCUUUCAACAUCCACCUGGAAGGUGUGCUGGUCAAGAAGAACUUCGUCCUCGAUCUGGCUUACACGCCUGGGGAGACGGGAGCGUUCUUGAGGAGUUUGGCAUCGGCAGCAAUUGAGCAAUUGAAGUAG